AUGAAGAAUCCCCCCGACGAUAUCAAAUGUCACGCCCUUUCUGGUUUUAUCAACCGCACAGGUAACUUUGCGAUGAAGUUUGCUGUAUGCAUAUGUUGUGCAAGGGAGCUGCUGGCAGUCGAAGAGGUGCAGAAAGUUUUUAUUGAUGAAUUGCCUAACCGUUACCUUCUGACUCCCAUCAUCCGGCAUACUGCUCAAGUGUUGAAGACGGUCGGCAGCAUGGACCCAUUUUUGUAUCCGCAACGAAAAGGAGCUAAGCAGUGGGAUUCUACGUCUCUGAAUAGUGGUGUUCGGGGGAAUGUUUCGACUUAUCAGUUGAAUACACCUGACAUUGCUAGGAUGAUUGAGGGUGAUUUAAUGCCACAUAAACCUGUUAUACUCGCUGCCAUGGUUGCGGUCACCAUCAUUGGUCCUAGUAAACUCCCAGCUGCGUUGUCAUUUUUGAAACACGAGAACCAUCUAUAUCAGAAUAUCGUGAUCUCGGAUGACCAUCUAUCGCUUUUGCCGGAGGAAGGUAUCCCUGAGGAUCUACUCUCAGUUGUCAAGUACUCAGAUGAACAAUAUCUCGUGGAACAAGAGCGAGCAGGAUACGUUGUAGGAGACGACGACGAUAAUGAUUUACAUUCUACGUUCGAGACAUUGGACUCUAGCAAUGUUGUGAGAGAAGAAGAUGUAGACGUUAGUGGAGACAUUGAUCCUAGUGUUGUUCCGAUCCAGGCUCAUGGCGUCAUUGAUGCUGAAGCUACGCUGCUCUCGAACCAGGAUGUGCUUGCUAAUGCAUUAGCAAAUACGUCUGCUACAGAGUCAUAUCUUGUUCAACAUGGAUCUGGAUUUGUUAAUGAAUAUGCGCGCCGUGAUACGACUGAUGAUCCAAACCACCUCUUAGGUGCUUUUCCUUGCUUGUUUCCUUAUGGGCUAGGAGGAUUCGAAGUCUCUCGACCACGUCCUGUCUCUUAUGAAGCUCACGCUAAGUGGGCUAUGCAAUACGGUGACAAGCGCUUUCGAAAAGACUUCCACUUUAUGUUUCAAAAACGUCAGGUUUGUCGAUCCGCGGUUCUGCAAGUUCAGAAAAAGGCUUUUCUGGACAACGAAGCGUCUUUCGCUCAUUUAACUGCCGAUGACCUUGCAUUGGCCGGUCGCCAGGAAGCAAAAAAAGAAGCUAUCUCCAACCCGGUGAUCCGUGCCUUGAAAAAACAUCUCACUGCAGUUCGAGUCAAUGUGGUGGGCAUGGACAAAUCCAGGAUUAGUAUUCGUGCUUAUAUCUGGGUAUUCGCUGGAGAGGAGAUUGAUCUGGAUCUAUUCGAUCGUACUGCAGGGCCUGACUCCGCCCAGCAUGCGAAGAUUGUUGCAGAUGACCCUUACGCUGCCGCUAAGUUCUUUCAUUUCGUAGUUCGAGCCAUUUUUGAGGAGUUGAUGGGUAUUACAAUUCAUAAGCGGGCAGCUAGAGGGUCCCAAAUUGUUCGGCGCGAGGGGAUUUUUGGAACGCUGGAAGGGUAUAUUGGUACGGUUGAAGCUCAAGGCCGAGGAACAUUGCACCUGCAUACGCUAAUCUGGUUACGUGAGGAAAUUUUGGCUACAGCACCUCGAGACAAAGCAGUUUCGUACUCUCGGCCUCUCGAUCCCCGUUCACCCACCUUUUCAACCUCUCAUCACGACGUGGAAGGUCGAUUGGUUCGUGCUGUUCAGGUCCAUAAAUGUGGACCUGGAUGUCUGAAGGUUAGCGGUGGUCGUUUGUUAUGCAAGCGUCGAGCACCAUUUCCUUUAGCUGCUGGAGCUUGGAUUGAUUCCAAUGGUGAUUGGGGACCUCAACGUACAUACCGGUUCCUUAAUAACUGGAAUCCUACCAUUUUAUUGGCGACUCGCUCAAAUCACGACUGCAAGCUCAUUACGAAUGGCGAGGGAACAAAACACAUUGCAUGGUAUAUCUCAUCCUACGCUGCGAAACGACAGCAGCACUCCUGUAAUGCAUCAGCCCUUUUAGCAAAAACAGUGGCAUAUCAUCGGCGAGAUGAAGCUCAUAAUAGUGAUAUCCGAACUCUGAACAAACGAUUGCUACAACGGUGCGCUAAUGCUCUUAGUCGCGAGCAGGAGUUCAGCGCACCAGAGGUAGUAUCGUAUUUAAUGGGAUGGGGGGAUCGUUACAUUUCACAUCCCUUCCAGACUAUCCAUUGGAGUUCCGUUGCAGUGUUGUUGAAGCGAAGUUUUCCGUUUUUGAGAGAUCAUCAGUGA